CCUUCCCAAACAAAAAGUUGAAUAAUUUGGAAUAUUAAUUUCGUCAGAAGUAGUGUGUGGUUAAUUGUAUAUUAUAAUUAUAAUGGAGAUGUUGCGUAAAUUCUUCCCAGCCAUCGUUGUCAUCCUCCUUGUUGUUGUUGCCACUGGGGUGUCGCCGGUGCGGGCAGAGAGGGAGUGUGAGACGGUGAGCCUCCGGUUCGAGGGGCCUUGCAUGGUGGAAUCCAACUGCGCCAACGUGUGCCGGACGGAGGGGUUCGUCGGCGGCAGGUGCAGCACGUUCGCACGCCGCUGCAUCUGCAUCAAGCCGUGCUGAGGCUGCCUGUCCGUGCAUCGACCAUGGCCUCAUUUUGCAGCACUAAUUAAUUAAUUAUCAUUUAAAUUUGUCUGCAUCUUUCAGUCAUUAACUAUAAUUUCUUAAAUUUCUUGGGGAAGCUUGAAUAAGUAAAUAUCGUCAUCUCGCUUAAUUCAUGUCACGUUUUCCCUUGACUGGGUGUACAACAGAGUCCUGCAUACAAAAUUGUGUUUGUCUCUCUCUCUCUCUCUUUUUCUUUUGUGUAUUUGUUUUUUGUUGUAAGGAGAUUUCAUGACCAUAGGUUUGUUUGUAUUAGUUGUUUGUUUUGCAUUAUGGGUCAUUAUUGAAUCGAUUGUUAAGUUAUCAUCACAUAGUUAAUGUGGCUAGCUAUGCGCAUGUGCCUACUUAGAUGUCUCCCGGAUACAUUUAUCCUUGUAACCCAAAUACAAGGGUUCCUAUGGGUCGACCGGCUAGAUGUACCAGCCAAAUUAAACAAACUAGCGGUCAA